GGAAGUUGCAUAAGGUAUUAUUGGAUAGUACAUAUUGAAGGUCAUGCGCAGUGUCCGCGCGUCGUUCGUCGCCUUGAGGUUGAUUCGAGAUCAUGGCCAAACCGUGACUUUGCACCAUCUCUGUUUGGCAAUGCUCGUCCACGCUGUAAAUAUGCCGUAUUCAUUAAUUUUCCUUUGAUUUAACCUUACUGCAUAUAUUCCCCGGAAUUUACAUCACCAGCUGCUUAUUUCUUGUCAGCCUUGCCGAUCGUGCUACGACUAACACUGCUAGCCUCGUCCCAGCAGUGUAGAACAAGCCAUCCAUACAGGUGGAUCACGCCUAUUUUACUUGGUAUGAUUGCUAGUGCACCAGCCACAGGGCGUUGUGUGCCUACCGCUGUGCAGCAUGGCUGGGGGAUGUGGGGCGCAGCAGCUCGUCGAAGGAGCUAGAAGCAGCCCUCUAAUUUUGGCUGGUAGCUUCUUUUCUUCCCCACUGGCAAACCUCAAACGCAUCUUAACAUUGCGAUAGCAACGCUGCACUUUCAGUCUACAGUUGUAUCAUUGUGGUUAAUUGUAACCUCAUAGACCCUUGAAUCAACACCACCGUAUCACAUUCCGAAUCAUCACAUUACUCCUCUUACACCAUGGCCUCCGCAGACGAGCUCAAAGCUCUGGGCAACAAGGCCAUUGCCGACAAGGACUUUGACGGCGCCAUUGAACACUUUACAAAGGCCAUCGCCAUCCAGCCCGACAACCACAUUCUCUACUCCAACAGAUCUGCCGCCCAUGCCUCCAAGAAAGAUUGGGACAACGCUUUGAAGGAUGCCGACAAGACAAUUGAGAUUAAGCCCGACUGGCCCAAGGGCUACGGCCGCAAGGGUGCUGCCCUCCACGGCCAGGGUGACCUCCUCGGCGCCAACGAUGCGUACGAGGCUGGCUUGAAGCACGAUGCCAACAAUGCCCAGCUCAAGAGCGGUCUUGCCUCCGUCGAAAAGGCGAUGCAGCAGGAAGCUGGCAACGGAUUCGGCGGUGACCCUACCGGCGGCCUCGGCAAGAUGUUCAACGACCCCAACCUGCUCCAGAAGAUCGCCAACAACCCCAAGACCAGCGCCUACCUCUCCGACCCCACCUUUAUGGCCAAGCUCCAACAGCUCCAGCAGAACCCUCAGAUGUCUCCUGACAUGUUCAGCGACCCCAGAAUGAUCCAGGUUCUUGGUGUUAUGAUGGGCGUCGACAUGGAGAUGCGCGACAGCGACCCCCGUGGCGACCCCGACGUCAAGAUGGCUGAUGAGAUUGAGGUCCCCAAGCCCCCUCCUACCCAGAAGGCUCCCGAGCCCGCCCCCGAACCUGAAGAGUUGGACGAGGAGGCCCUCGAGAAGAAGAAGGCUAAGGAAGAGGCCGACAAGGAAAAGGCCCUCGGAACUGAGAACUACAAGAAGCGCAACUUUGACGAGGCCAUUAAGCACUACACCAAGGCUUGGGAGACGUUUAAGGAUAUCACAUACCUCAACAACUUGGGCGCCGCCUACUUUGAGAAGGGUGACUUUGACAAGUGUAUCGAGUCUUGCAACCAGGCUAUUGAGGAGGGACGUUCUAUCUACGCCGACUUCAAGAUCAUGGCCAAGUCUUAUGCCCGCAUUGGUACCGCCUACGAGCGCAAGGGUGACUUCGACAAGGCUAUUGAGAACUACAACAAGUCGUUGACCGAGCACCGCACACCCGAUGUUUUGAACAAGCUCCGUGCUGCUGAGAAGACCAAGACUGAGGCUGCCAAGACUGCCUACAUUGACCCUGCCAAGGCCGACGAGGCUCGUGAGGACGGUAACAAGAAGUUCAAGGAGAGCGAUUUCCCUGGCGCCGUUGCCGCCUACUCGGAGAUGGUUAAGCGUGCCCCCGAGGAUCCCCGCGGCUACAGCAACCGUGCCGCUGCCUUUAUCAAGCUCUUUGAGUUCCCCAGUGCCCUCGAUGACUGCGACAUGGCCAUCAAGAAGGACCCUGCCUUUAUCCGCGCUUACAUCCGUAAGGCCCAGGCCUACUUUGGCAUGCGCAAGUACUCUGACUGCGUGGAUGCCUGUACCCUCGCACAGCAGGUUGACAACGAGCACCACGCUGGUGCGAAUGCCCGCGAGAUUGAGCAGCAGCAGCAAAAGGCUUUCAGCGCCAUGUACUCUGCCCGUGACAACGAGACUGAGGAGCAGACUCGUGACAGACUCCAGAAGGACCCUGAGGUAAACUAUUUGUAUCACCCCUGACUGACAAAUACUCUUUUGCUAACACAUUGUCCCUCUAGAUUAUGAGCAUUAUGCAAGACCCCGUGAUGCAGUCAAUUCUCCAGCAGGCUCAGACCGACCCUAUGGCGCUUAACGAGCACAUGAAGAACCCCGGCAUCCGCUCCAAGAUCCAGAAGCUGAUGGCCGCUGGUGUCAUCCGCGUCGGCCGAUAAAGGGCCACAGCUUGUAAUUUUAUAUUGUUAACGGGCGAACGAGAGAAAAGGAAGUAGGAUUUUUGAUACAUAAUGAUGAAAAUGAAACUUGUUAUUAUUACUUUUUCUUUUUGAAUACGCCUACUAAGACCAUUAUUUGCCUGUGCAAUGACCUACUCGUACUCGUG